AUGCCGACUGCCGUUGUGACAGGGGCCAACUCUGGUAUUGGCCAUGCGUUCGCUGAGAUCCUUAUUCGAGAGGGCUACGACGUUACAGCCGCCGACCUCCAUGUAAACGGAAAACUCGCGUCGCUUCAGUGCGACAAAGCACAACUAGAUGUUACAUCCCCGGACUCAAUCGCCUCGUUCGCCUCGUCUUACGGUGACGGGCCAAUUGAUUUACUGCUGAAUAUCGCAGGCAUCAUGGCGCCCAAAGAAAAGGACGCCUUGUAUACGGUGUCGCUCGCUACUCUAACCCAGACAUUCAGCGUUAAUACCUUUGGCCCACUACUCCUUACCCAGGCUCUCCUGCCAAACCUGCUCAAGUCGGACAGCCCAAAGGUAGGCGUCAUGUCGAGCCGCGUCGGCAGCAUCGCGGAUAAUAGCUCUGGCGGGUCGUACGCGUACCGCGCGAGUAAAACUGCUGCGAACAGCGUGUUUAAGAACCUCGCGGUGGAUCUGAGGGAUAAGGGGGUUGUGGUGGUUAUUAUGCAUCCGGGUAUCGUGAAGACGCCGAUGACGGCGAUGGGCGAGGGGAUCGCGGAGGCGGUUUGGCCGGAGGAGGCGGCGGAGAAGCUGUGGGGUGUUGUUAGGGGGAAGGGGUUGGAGGAUUCGGGGAGAUUUUGGCAUAGGGAGGGUUUUGAGUUGCCGUGGUAG